AUGGCCGGCGAGAGGUAUGAACUUCCGGUCAUCGAACCCACCGACAAACCGAGAAUCUCAACAGACGUCCGAGCUGUUGGCAAAGACUCGAGAACCAACUCUGCAGCAAGCUCCUCAGUCCACUUUUCGCCCGUCUCAUACAAUACAUGCAAUACCGAGUCAACAUUUGUAUCGCCAGGCUUGCUGCGACAGAAUUCUGUUCGUGAACGACCUGCUCUCCAAGGAUAUCCCAAGUUGGCUCGAUUUAUUGGCGAGAGACCUGGUUUUGCCAUAUUUCGACGUUUUUCUGAGCUCAAUGCGAGGAAUUUGCUGUAUCUGCAGGCGGAAUUGUUGGAUAUUGAGGAAGAGUUAUAUGAGACUGAGAUAGAUGAUCAGAGAGAUCAGGACUUGAGGCAGCUGCAGUUUAGCAUGCGUGGAAUCCACAACGGCCGUGUGGCCGCAGAGGGCUCUAGAGCUCGUUCUCGGUACAAGCUUUAUGAGGAGCAAAGAAAGCUUUUGAAGGAAUACAGUGAGUGGUCUUCUCUUGAUGAUCCAGAGUCGAAGAUGGUCUUGAUUCAGCAACACAAGCUGUAUAGCCUUCCACGACCGACCAACAACGAAGUGAGAGGCCUCCGAGAGUUCAUCUGCGACAGCGAACAACACGGUCACAACAGCGAGCAAGAGUGGUUACACCAUCCUGAGAAUACCAUCUGGAGUCUAAGCGUUGACGAAAAGGCAAAAUACGAGACAGAUCAACAACGAGCAAGAGCACAUGAAAGAGCAAAAGCAACACAAACGGAUCUUGUCAGUUUAUCUGGACAUGUCGCCCCCGACUCUUUCACCAACUUGUUAAGAAGCAAGAUUGUACAACGCUUUCACGUAUUCUUCGGGCGUCGACUAUUGCAAGAAGAUGCAGAAUUUGGUGGUCAUAUGUACAAAGGUGAUGUCUUGGAGAAAAUGGCCUUCUACAUUAGUAUCUUGUUUGCCUCUCUACUCCCGACAGCCAGUAUCAUCGCCCUCUACUAUAUCCCCGUAUUGAUCUGGAGGUUGAUCUUUAUCGGACUCUGGAGCGCGACAUUCAGUAUCUGUUUGGCCUUUUUCACUCCAGCGAAUCGGAUUGAGAUCUUCAUGGCGAGUGUUGCUCUGGCUUCUGUGCAAGUCGUGUUUGUUGGUACGAAUUCCAACCAAAAUCCAGGAUUGCCUGCUACUUGA